AGAGAGAGAGAGAGCGAGAGAGGGACACUCAUACACUUACUAGCAGACACCCACUCGCAAUCUCUCACCAGACACCCACACCCACUUUCUCACAUAUGCUGCAUACACAUCGGAGCACCUGCUUUGUAGCCACUCUGUGUUGUGACUCUGUUCGUGACGGACUCGCGGUCCCAAGAUGCCUUUCUAUGGCUGCCUGUUGGCUCUGUCCCUGGCUGCACUUACAGGAAACACCAUUGGUGCUGUUCCCUCUGAGCGGACUGAGAGGAAUUGCUCUGCGGUUCCGCCGUACCUCCCCAGCACAGCAGUAAAUACCACUCUCCAGCUGAAGGAGUUACGAGAGCAAAUGAUUCCCUUGAAUAUCUUUGCCUACAUUAUCCCUGGCACUGACGCUCACCUGAGUGAGUAUAUUGCACCACGUGAUGCCAGGGUGGCCUUCAUGACCGGCUUUACAGGCUCCGCAGGCACUGCCGUAGUUACUCGGACCAAGGCUGCGAUGUGGACAGACAGCCGCUACUGGGUUCAGGCUGAGAGACAGAUGGACUGCAACUGGGAGCUGGAAAAAGAUGUGUCCAUCAGCAGCAUCGCAGAGUGGCUCAUCGCUGAGGUCCCACCGGGUGGCAAGAUUGGCUUUGAUCCCUUCCUCUUCUCCCUCAAAACGCAAGAGAGCUACAUGAUCAACUUGGAGUCAAGCAAUCGCACCAUGGCGUCCAUCCCUCUUAACCUGGUCGACGAGGUGUGGAAGGAAAGGCCGCCCAUCCCAACUUACCAACCCGAGCCCCUGCCUAACAGGGUUAUAAAAAGGACCUGGCAGAUGAAAGUGGAGCACAUACGGAACCAGAUGAGGGACAAUCCUUAUGAGCCCACAGCUCUUCUGCUGUCAGCACUCGAUGAAACAGCUUGGCUGUUUAAUCUGCGUGGCAACGACAUCCCAUACAAUCCCUUCUUCUACUCCUACACACUGCUGACGAUGGAUGAGAUCUGGCUCUUUAUACACGAGACCAGAAUGACAGAUUUACUGAAGACGUACCUAAACACCAGCUGUAAUGGACCCCUCUGUGUGAAGCUAAAAGACUACAACUCUGUCCAAGAUGAACUCAAAACCUUUGUGGCCCAACCUUUAGUGAAAGUGUGGAUUGGUACAGAGUACACAAAUUACGCACUUUAUGAAGUCAUUACACCACAGGAUAAACUAAUGACAAGCUCCUACUCUCCUGUGCUGACGACUAAAGCUGUGAAAGAUGAUACUGAGCAGCGAAUCCUGAGGGAUGCUCACGUGAGAGAUGCAGUGGCGGUCAUCCAGCUGCUGAUGUGGCUGGAGAAGGCUGUGCCCGAGGGGAAGGAGACUGAGAUGACUGCUGCAGCGUAUGUCGAUAAAUGCCGCAGCAAACAGAAGGACAACAGGGGCCCGAGCUUCGAGACUAUCUCUGCAAGUGGACCCAAUGCUGCACUUGCCCAUUACAGCCCAACAGCAGACACCACCAGGAAGCUGACAGUUGAUGAGAUGUACUUAGUGGACUCUGGUGGCCAGUAUCUAGAUGGGACCACUGACAUCACCCGGACAGUUCACUGGGGAACACCAACAGCAAUGCAGAAGGAGGCCUUCACUCGAGUGCUCAUGGGAAAUAUUGAAAUAUCUCGAACCAUAUUUCCUUCAGGGACAAGAGGUGCAAAUAUGGAGAUGUUGGGUCGUCGGGCGCUGUGGGAGGUGGGCCUGAACUACGGCCACGGCACAGGACACGGUGUUGGAAAUUACUUUGGAGUUCAUGAGUGGCCAGUUGGCUUUCAAACCAACAACAUUCCCUUCAGAGAAGGCAUGUUUACAUCUAUAGAACCUGGAUAUUACAAGGAGAAUGAUUUUGGUAUCCGCAUUGAAGAUGUUGCAGUGAUUGUACCCAUUAUUACAAAGUAUGGUCAUAACUACCUGACCUUUGACACAGUGUCGCUGGUUCCAUAUGACAGAAAGCUGAUUGACACUUCUCUUCUUAGCUCAGUACAGCUGCAAUGGCUGGAUAAAUACUAUGAGACGAUCCGGAAGGUGAUGGGUCCCGAGCUGGACAAACAGGGACUAUCUGAGGAGAAAAAGUGGAUGCUCCUGCACACAGAACCUUUUGCAGAAACAGAAUCGUCUGCAUCUCUCAGUUCUUCCUCUCUGACCCUCAUCGCUCUUGCCAUCGCUCUCCUUCACAUCAUCUGAGGAACUCCUCUCUCCAUCUGUCUUGCACUCACUCCUCUCUCAGCAGGGUUGCACAUUAAUGUUACUCCUAUGCAGUCUCUACUGACAACAACGCAGCUAUACCAGUUUGAGAGAUGCACUGUAAUGUAGAUUUUUUUUUAAAUUAAAGAAUAUAUUUGUUUAAUAAUUUAAUUAGGUGGGUAAAUGUCUGAUGUUGUGGUGUUCAAAGUUUGAAAAUAAUAUUUUAUGUGAUUUUUAAUGUUUUAAGCUUUGAGUUUUUAAACUGGACAUUUGAAUGACCAGCCACUAUAAUUUCUAUUUUAUUAAAGUAACACUCUUUUAAAGCUGCUGGCUCUACUCACUUGAGGAUUUGAUUUUUAUUGUCAUAAUUCUUUUUUUCUUUUUUUUUUAAACUGCAACAAUUAAACAACCAAACUCAGUGUUUGAAACUAAAUAAACUCAAGAACAGUAUAAUUUCUAAAUUCAAA